CCAAAAUUAACAGAAUUUUAUAAUGAAUUUAUGAAAGGGAAAUAUCUGUUUACUUAAGACUCGUUUUGGAGAUUCUUUUGGGAUAUUUUAAUGAUUUUUUUUGUGUUAUAUUUAAUAAUUGUGAUCCCUCUGUCUCAUGUUUUUGGAGAUAAUUAUGGCGUAUUUACUUCUUUCCAUUAAACCUUUAUAAAAUGGAUGUUAGUGCUAGAAAUCUUUAUAAAUUUAAAUUCAGAAAUUUACUCGAACGGUGUUACUAUUAAAGAUAGAUAUACAAUUUUCAAAAAAAAUAAUUGGAAGAUUAUGAUUGAUCUUCUGCUAUAUGUCCUUUUUUUAUAUUCUAUUUAUUAUAAAGACCUAAAGCAUAAGAUUAGCUAUUUAGACUUUUUACUCUUUAUAAAAUACAGAGAGAUUCCAUCUAAGCUCUCAGAAUUGGAAAUUAAAUUUCAAAUCAGUGAUUCUUUUAAAAAUUGGUUGAAAUUACUCAAGCUAGAGCUUAGUGUUUUAAUUCUAGCGCACGUUGCUUGCUGUAUUUUUUUGUUAAUAGGUUAAUUUGAAAGAGACAAUAAUAAAGAUAAUUGGAUCGAUAAAUAUAAUUAUUCAAAUUACACAGUCAUAGAACUCUACUUAACUUCCUUCUACUUUAUAAUUAUUUCAAUUUGUACAGUUGGCUAUGGAGACAUAGCUCCAUGCACAAUUAUUGAAAGAGAGUUUAUCAUUCUUGUUGCCUUAAUAUCUACAAAUAUCACUGCUUAUUCAUUUUCUUAAAUCAGUGAGAUAGUUAAAUUUGAAGAUAGCAAAAAGGAGAGUUUCAAUAAGGUCAUGGUUGGAAUUAAUUUUUAAAUGAAGUUAAAUAGCCUUGGUAUGAAUUUACAAUAAAAAGUAAGGAAAUAUUUUGAAUACUUGCAUGAUUCAGAUUUGUAGAGAUCACACAUUCAGGAAUCACUCUUAGACAGGCUUCCAAAUCACUUGAAGGAAGAAGUACUUCUUGAAAUGAAUAAAUAAUUUAUUAGCUCAAUUCAAAUAUUCAAAGGAUUCUCUCCUUAAUGCCUCAAAAUGAUUUCUCUCAGCAUUAAACAAAAAUAAUUGCUGCCUGAUCAAAUAGCAAUUUAAGAAAAGGAAUACAAUGACUCUCUAUAUUUUAUUUCUUAAGGAACUCUUUAGAUACUUUGUUCAGUAUCCUAAAAGUAAGAUGAAACAAUGUUUGAAAAAGGAAUAACUAUGUUAAAAAAAUAAGACUCUUUUGGAUAUGAAGGGUUUCUAUAUGGUGAGAAUUGUCCUUACAGUAUAAAAUCAGUGUAGUAAUCAGUUAUAUCGUAUCUAGAAAAAGAAUAAUUUUUAUAAAUUAUCAAACAUUUUCCUACAGAUUAUGAAAAAUUUUGUUACAUAAGAGAUAAAUAAAUAUAUGAUUCUUUUUAAAAAGUUGUGUAUAGACUUAAAUGCAUUUCUUGCUAAGAAUAAGACCACUAUCCUAACCACUGCCAAUUUAUAAAUCCAACAAUUAAAUAUAAAAAUGAUAAGUCUGUCAAUAUGAGGAGUUUUUGCCAUAGGAUUAAAACAAGAAAUACUAAUAUACUUAAGAACAACAAAUAUUAUUAAGAUAUAGCAAUAACCCUAGCCUAUAUGAGGGAUGAUACACUUACUGCAUAACAAGAUACUAUAAACGAUAAUAGUUCUAAUGAUUAAAGCUAUAUUAGUGAUGAUUUGUAAUCAGGUGAUAAGUUAAAUUAAAUUAUCAAAAGGAAUAAUGGAUAAGAGGCAUCUAGAAAAAGUAAAGAUAUAUUAUAAGUUGAUUUUGUUUUGGAGGAUAACGCUAAUCUAAAGCCUAAAAGCUUGAAUGAAUUAAAUACAAAGAAUUAGCAAUUUAUUGUUUUAAACAUUAACUCAAAUGAAAACAAUAAUAAUAUUAAUAAAAAUGAUCAAGAUAUGGAUUCUAAUCAAAUUUAAAAAUAAGCAUCAUCAGCUUCAUUCACUUAAUCUAUAAAAUCUCUAGCACUUUCAGAUUUAUCUGAUAUGAAUAAAGCAAAAAGUAGAGAAGAUAAUUUAAGUGAUAAAGGGAAAUAAUAAGAAUCCGAUAAAGCAGCAUUCAAUAACAACCAUCAUGAUUUUUAAUUAUUCUAAAAUAAUAAUUUAAGUGUUAAUAUAGAUGAUAACAUCAGCUCCAAAUAAAUUAAUUCUGGGUAAUAGAAUGCUACAAAAAUAGAAAAUGCAAAGUAAAAAUUAAGUAAAAAGGUAAACCAAAAAUUUUCAAAAUCUUUAUUCAGCUAACAGCUCAGCAAUAAUUUGGAACCAUAAAUUGAGGAAAAUUUAAAUGUAAAUCAAGAAACCGAAAAUAAUAAAAUUAUAACUAUUAAAUAAAAAUCAUUAAACAUCAUAGAUCUAAAAUAAGAAGACAGUCAAACCUUUAGAAAAAGAUCAAAUUCAGAAAUCUAAUAAGAGAAUAUAUCAAUUUCUAAAUUUUUAAAACCCUAACCAAAGGCUUAAAAGGCAAAAGUAAGCGACAAAGGCAAAAAUCAAACAUUUUCUAAUAUAAAUUCACUUAUAUAAAGUGCAAAUCUUAUUAACAAAAGAGCUCAUAUUCUUAACGAGAAUAAGAUUAAAUAUUAACUCAGCUAACCUAAAGAAAUAGAAGAUAACUAAUUAGAUUCAAAUGAAUUUUAGAUUAGAUUCAUGCUAAAUCUACAAAAUUUAGACAUGCUGGUAGUUAGAAAAGAGUAUCUUUUAAUGCAGUAGAAAAAUUAGAUAACUGAUUACAUUUAAGUUCCUGACAAUGAAAUAGAUAUAGAUGUUUUACACAAUUAUAAAUACUACUAUUUUAAUGGUAAUUUCAAAUAAGUCUUAUAAAGAAUGAAAACAAGAGAUGAUAAAAAUAAAGAUGUAUUAUCAUCUCCACAUAAGAAGAAAUCGAAUGGUUCAAGAAAAAAUUAAAGGAAAACACAUCGUUACAAACCUACAUCUUUUAACUCGAAAAAAAAACCCUAGUUGAAUUAAUUAUUUUAAUUAUGAAAACUUGAUCUUAUUGAAUUAAUUAACUAUUUCUAA